AUGAACACUUCCUCUCAGUGUCUCUUCUUUUCACUCAUUGCCAUUUCGCUCAUAUCUCUAUCAGCUUUUGCUGCUACUACUAUCCACCCCGACGAAAAGAAAGCUCUUCAAGAUAUAGCUAACUCACUUGGUAAGAAGGGUUGGAAUUUUGACACAGAUCCAUGCAGCAACAAACUUAACUGGGUUACAAAUUUAGAGAACAGUGUCACCUGUAGCUGCUCUGUAGCUGGUGACGACUUCUGCCAUGUUGUUACAAUAGUUUUGAACAAGCAAAAUCUUCCCGGCACUCUCCCACGAGAACUGAACAGGUUGCAUUACCUUCAAAUCAUUGACCUCUCUCGCAAUUACUUGAACGGUACAAUUCCUAAAGAAUGGGGCUCCAUGAUGAAUCUUCUGAACAUUACUCUCUCCGGAAAUCGAUUAACCGGUUCAAUACCAAAGGAGAUUGCUAAUAUAUCUACUCUGAUACAAUUGGACUUGACAGGCAAUCAAAUGUCUGGAAAUAUUCCUCCUGAGCUUGGGAGUCUAACCCAUAUUCGAACACUGCAACUUUCGUCUAACAAUUUUACUAGAGAACUACCCGUAACAUUGGCCAGGCUCUCUGCACUGCAAGAUUUCCGAAUUUCGGACAACCAGUUGUCCGGAAAGAUACCUGAUUUUAUUCAAAAUUGGACAAAUAUCAAUACACUAAUCGUUCAAGGGAGUGGAUUAAGUGGGCCGAUUCCUUUUGAAAUAUCACUUUUGAGAAACAUAAUUGAAUUGAGAGUUAGUGAUUUGAAUGGAUCCGAUUAUGCACCUUUGCCACAACUUAGCAAUAUGAAAUCGUUAAGCAGACUGGUUAUGAGGAAUUGCAACAUCAAUGGAACACUACCCAACAAUAUUGGGAAUCUGACAGCAUUGAAACACUUAGAUCUCAGCUUUAACAAAUUAAGUGGAGCAAUUCCGAUUAACUAUGCUACCAUGAGCAGUGUGAAUUUCAUAUUUUUAACUGGAAAUCUUCUCACUGGAUCAGUGCCUCCUGCUUGGGGAAUGAAUGCGGAUGUAGAUCUUUCAUACAAUAACUUCACCAUCAAUCAAGAGAGUCAGAUAUGUCAAAAAAAGGAUAAAGUGAACUUAUUUUCUCCUUCAUGGGCACGCAAUGACGUAGGAACAAAUUCGUGUCUGCAAUUUGAAUGUUCCAAACACUUUGACUCCCUUUAUAUAAAUUGUGGUGGAAAUCAUGAACAAGUCAAUGGAACAAGUUAUGAAGGUGAUCAUGAUUCAUCUGGACCAGCCAGAUUUGAUGUCACUGACAAUCCAACAGUAAAAUGGGCAUUUAGCAGCACUGGUAAAUUCAUCGAUAGUGAGAUACUUGGAAAAACUUUCACCCCCGAAAAUAUCUCUAGACUUACUAUGGUGGAUGCUGAGUUGUACACGAAAGCACGCAUUUCUCCUAUUUCAUUGACUUAUUAUGGGUUUUGCCUCACAAAUGGAAGCUACACAGUAAAUCUGCAUUUUGCUGAAAUAAUGUUCACAGACGAUGAAACUUUUAGUAGUCUUGGAAGACGUGUAUUUGAUAUCUAUCUUCAGGGAAAGCGGGUGCAAAAAGACUUCAAUAUUGCAGAAGAAGCUGGGGGAGCUGGUAAGAAAGUCAUAAAACAGUUCAAAAAUGUUGCUGUUUCUAGUAAUACUUUGGAGAUUCGUUUGUAUUGGGCUGGAAAAGGGACACAGUAUCUCCCAAAUAAAUCAGUAUAUGGUCCUCUUAUAUCAGCUAUAUCAGUGGAAUCUGACUCUCCACGUAGAAGGAUACCUGCUGGAGCUGUGAUUGGAAUUGUGGUUGCAGCAACAAUUAUUAUCAUUCUAGUAUUCGGUAUACUCUGGUGGAAAGGAUGUUUUGGAAAGAAAAACUCUUUAGCAAAAGAGCUGAAGAGUUUAGAGCUUCAAACUGAUCUAUUUACCUUUAGACAAAUCAAAUCCGCAACAAAUAACUUUGAUGUUUCCAAUAAGAUUGGAGAAGGAGGAUUUGGUCCUGUGUACAAGGGAUGUUUACCCAAUGGGACAUUGAUAGCAGUCAAACAACUUUCUUCUAAAUCAAAGCAAGGGAACCGUGAGUUUUUAAAUGAGAUAGGCAUGAUUUCUGCUUUGCAACACCCUUAUCUUGUUAAACUCUAUGGCUGUUGUGUGGAGGGAGAUCAGCUGUUGCUGAUAUAUGAAUACUUGGAAAACAAUAGUCUUGCUCGUGCUUUAUUUGGUCCAGAGGAACACCAAAUAAAAUUAGAUUGGUCAACAAGGAAGAAGAUCUGUGUUGGUAUUGCUAGAGGUUUGGCAUACCUCCAUGAAGAAUCAAGAUUGAAGGUUGUUCACAGGGACAUCAAAGCCACUAAUGUGUUGCUUGAUAAAGAUCUCAAACCAAAGAUAUCUGAUUUUGGUUUAGCCAAGCUUGAUGAGGAGGACAAUACUCAUAUUAGCACUAGAAUUGCGGGGACCUAUGGAUACAUGGCUCCUGAAUAUGCAAUGCAUGGUUAUUUGACGGACAAAGCAGAUGUUUAUAGUUUUGGAGUUGUUGCCUUGGAAAUUGUUAGUGGAAGGAGCAACACCCUUUAUCGGUCAAAGGAUGAAGCAUUCUAUCUUCUUGAUUGGGCACAUUUGAUGAAAGAGAAAGGUGACUUAAUGGAGCUAGUUGAUAGAAGAUUAGGAUCAGAUUUCAACAAAAAGGAAGCUAUGGCGGUGAUCAAUGUGGCUCUCCUAUGCACCAAUGUCACUUCAAACCUUAGGCCCUCCAUGUCGUUGGUGGUAAGUAUGCUCAAAGGUAGGACUGUGGUUCCAGAAUUCGUUGCAGAUUCAAGUGAAGUAAUGGAUGAAAAGAAGUUUGAAGUAAUGAGGAAGUAUUACUAUCAGAUUGAAGGAAAUGAGAUAAGUAAGUCAGAAACACAAAGUCAGAGUUUAUCAAUUGAUCGGCCAUGGACGGCUGCAUCUUCCUCAGCUGUAGACCUUUAUCCAGUGCACCUUGAUUCUUCCUAUUGGGAGGAAAGAAAUUAA